AUGGAUGGCGAGGUGCAGUUGCCUUUGCUUAAGAAACCACCUGCUACUCUUCAAGAAUUGCUAAAUCUAACUAGAGACCAGCGUUCAACAAAUUUUAAGGCACAAAUUAGAAGUUAUAAUGCCAUGUUUGCUAUGACAUCAAUGGGUGGAAAAGUGGAUCAUAGAAUUAAUGAUGGAAGAGGACCUUAUAUUUUCAAACUUAAUAGUCAAAACCACCAUAGAAUUGGAACACUACUCCCAACCGAUGGUCUAAGUCCCAAUUUUGCCCAAUUAUACUUCUAUGAUACUGAAAAUGAAGUUUCAAAUAGAAUUAAUGCCUUGAACCAAUCGGACAAUAGUCAUGAUUCAUCUAUUGUUGAUGCUCUGGUCCGAAUGCUAGAUGAAUCAAAUCUAUUGGUCAAGAACUUUCGUAUGGCUAGAGACCGUUUUAGUGGAGGUAAUACCCACCACUUAAGAUUACGUCUUAUUGGCUCACGAUCAACUGACGGAAGAGUGCAAAAUCUACCUUCAUGUUCCGAAAUAGCUGCAAUUGUCGUUGGUGAUAUUGGUCUUGAUAAUACACAUCGUGAUAUCAUUUUGGAUUAUAAAGAAGGUGGACUACAAAGGAUAAAUGAACUGCAUCCAUUAUACAUGGCAUUGCAGUAUCCUCUUUUAUUUCCAUAUGGUGAGGAUGGCUAUAGACUUGGUAUUUUACGUAGAAGUGUUGAUGGAACUAGAUCUAAUACAAACAAUUGUGUUACAAUGAGGGAAUAUUACGCAUAUCGAUUGCAAACAAGACAAGAUGAGGGACAUACAUUAAUAUAUGGCGGCCGCUUAUUUCAACAGUUUGUUGUUGACUCAUACACAUGUAUUGAAGCAAUUCGACUUAUGUGGGUAAGACGUAACCAAAGUGCAUUAAGGAUUGAAUUGUAUUCUGGAUUGAGGGAUGCAGUUAUGAGGGGAGACACAACCCCUGCAUCAGUUGGAAAAAGAAUUGUUUUGCCUUCGAGUUUCACUGGAAGUCCAAGAUAUAUGAUUGAGAAUUAUCAGGACGCAAUGGCGAUUUGUCGAUGGGCAGGUUAUCCUGAUUUAUUUAUUACUUUCACAUGUAAUGCGAAAUGGCCAGAAAUUGAGAUCUUCCUCUCAAUGAAUCCUGAUCAGAAACCUGAGGAUCGGCCAGAUAUACUUGGAAGAGUUUUCAAGAUCAAACUUGAUCAACUAUUACAUGACCUCAAACAUAACCAACACUUUGGAAGAACAGUUGCUGAAAUCAAUAAGAUAAUCUCUGCAGAAAUUCUAGAUUUGCACAAAGAUCCUCAAGCUUAUGAUGUUGUCAAACAAUUUAUGGUUCAUGGUCCUUGCGGCUCUAUAAAUCCAAAAUCAAGUUGUAUGAUCAACAACAAUUGCAUCAAGCAUUUUCCAAAGAGAUUUUGCUCUGAAACUACAAUUGAUGAAGAUGGCUUUCCAAUAUAUGAAAGAAGGAACAACGGAAGAUUCAUUGAAAAGAAUGGUGUCAAAGUAGACAAUCGAUUUAUAGUUCCUCACAAUAUUGACUUAUUGGUGAAGUAUCAAUCACGCAUAAAUGUAGAGUGGUGCAAUCGUUCGAGGUCUAUCAAGUAUUUAUUCAAAUAUAUAAAUAAAGGACCUGAUCGUGCAACGUUGAUGCUUGAAGAGAAUUUACAUGUUGAGGGUUCUUCUGGAAUACAACAUGUGACAGAUACUGGCGAAAUAAAAACAUAUUUAGAUUGCAAAUAUGUGUCGGCGAUAGAGGCAUGCUGGAGGAUCUUCCAAUUUGAAAUUAAUUAUCGAGAACCUCCAGUUGAGAGACUUAAUUUCCAUCUUGAAAAUGAACAACCUGUCAUGUUUGAUGAUUCUGAUCAUUUAGACAAUGUUUUGAAUCAGCCGAAUAUUAGAAAGACUAAAUUUACAGAAUGGAUGAAAGCAAAUGCUUUGUAUGAAGAAGCAAGAGAAUCAACUUAUUCUGAUUUCCCUUCCAAAUGGGUUUGGCAUAAUAAAGAGAAAGAAUGGAAAUUGAGGAAGAAAAGAAGAUAUGUAGGGAGGAUAUUUUACGCUCAUCCUGGAAGUGGCGAACGAUUUUAUUUGCAAAUGUUACUAAAUAUUGUCAAAGGUCCUCGAUCUUUUGAUGAAAUAAGAACUGCAAAUGGUGUAUUGUACCCGACUUUCCAAUCAGCAUGCUACGCUCUUGGUUUGCUUGAUGAUGACAAAGAAUGGCAUGAGUGUUUAAACCAAGCAUCGCAUUGGGCUUCAAGGGAGCAACUCCGUGAACUUUUUGUCACAAUGUUGAUUUUUUGUGAGGUUGCCGAUCCUAAUAAAUUAUGGAUGUUGAAUUGGAAUGUGUUAUCUGAAGAUAUAUUGCAUCAAGAACGAAGAAUUCUACAAUAUGAGGACCUACAUCGAACAGAAUCGCAAUUACAAAACUAUGCACUAUGUGACAUUGAAAGAUUAAACGAACAAAAAUGGAAGACUUAUUUAUGGAGAACCUUGAUAUGUCGAUUGCGGUCCGAAGGAAAGAUAGUCAUUGCAGUUGCAUCGUUUGGAAUUGCAGCACUUUUGUUACCUGGCGGAAGAACUGCUCAUUCAAGAUUUCAGAUACCGAUUAAUGUAACAGAUAACUCAACUUGCGGGAUCAAGCAAGGUUCACAUCUUGCAGAACUGGUGACAAUAACUAGUCUUAUAAUUUGGGAUGAAGCUCCUAUGGCUCAUCGAAAUUGCUUUGAAGCUUUAGAUCGUUCACUAAGAGAUAUUUUACGCUUCAGCGAUCCACAAAGUGGAGAAAAAUCAUUUGGAGGAAAAACGGUAGUCCUUGGUGGUGAUUUUCGACAAAUACCAGUUGUAGCAAAAGGAAGAAGAGAAGAAAUGGUUGAGGCAUCAAUUAACAGAUCUUUAUUAUGGAAGAACUGUAAAAUUUUUACUUUGACAAAGAAUAUGAGGCUUCAACAAAAUCAAGGUGAUAGUGCUACAAAAGAAUUUGCACAGUGGAUUUUGAAAAUAGGUGAUGGAGAAUUAAAUGAUGGUGAAAGUGGAUCGUUCAUUGAUAUACCACUUGAUUUGAUAAUUCAACCUAAGACCCAUCCUAUUAAUGCCAUUGUGAAUGAUAUCUACCCUGAGUUGCAGUCUAAAUACACUGAUGCUAAAUAUUUAGAAGACAGAGUGAUUUUAGCUCCAACAAAUGAUGAUGUACAAGAGACAAAUGACUACAUAAUUGAUCUUAUUAACGUUGAUGAUGAAACGUAUCUCAGUGCAGAUUCAAUAUGUAAAGCUGCGAGCAACAAUCAAAACCAAGAUAUCAUGUACCCAAUAGAAUUUUUGAAUUCAUUGAAGUUACCAGGUAUUCCUAACCACAAACUCAGGCUCAAAGUUGGAAUCCCUAUAACGCUACUUCGAAAUUUAAAUCAAAGUGCUGGACUUUGCAACGGUACAAGACUUUUAGUCACUCAGUUGUCAAAAUGGUUCUUAGAAGGAAAAAUCAUCUCAAGAACUCAUGUUGGAGAUAAAGUGUUAUUGAAUCAUAACAAGAUGAAUUACACAUCUCUUGGUCAAAUUUCACCCGACAAUGAUACAUGGAUCAUAAAAGUUAGAAUUAUAAGGAUGUGGGAUGCAGUAAACAUUGCAGAAGGCAAUGACUUGAUUAGCCUAGACAUGAUCAUGUCCGAUGAAAAUGGAACGCUAAUACAUUCAAGUCAGUACAACUUCUCAUCAACAAGUGCAACAAGAGUUUACAUCAAUCUUGAUAUUCCAGAAGUUGAUACAGUUAUUGACAAGUAUAGGAUACAAAUUGAAGUAUCAGAUACAACAGAUUCAACAAGAGUCAUUAUCUUCGACAAAGACGCUGAACAACUUAUAGGCAAAACUGCAAAGGAACUUGCAGAUUUGCAAGAUGAGAAAUUGGAAGACAAAAUCGUGCCAAGAGAAAUCACAGCAAUUUCCAGAGAAUAUGUCUUCCAAUUGAAACUUAAUGAAUAUAAUUUGAAAAAAGGUUGGGAAAAUUAUACUGUUUAUAGAAUCUUUGAAGCGCAAGUUGCAGAAGAAGCUAACAACCAAAAGGAAACUCCAACUGUAAAGCUUAGGGGAUCUAGCUCCAAGCAAGAAAAGGAGUACAACGUUGUUAGCCAGACAAUAGAAAAUGAACAAAUGUUCAGUCAAGAUUUUUCAUUGCAUUCUUCCCUACCUACAGAAGACACAGAGCCUGAUGAUGAUAAAAUACCUCUCAAUGUCCUUUACAAACGAUUCAAAACUACUAAAAAGAAGUUUUGA